GUUUUGGCUGAUGCUGUUGCACGCUUGGUUGUAGAUAAAUUCAGUGAUUUGACAGAAAAUUUCACCUCUCCGCAUGCACGUCGAAAAGUCCUGGCUGGAAUUGUCAUGACAACAGGUACAGACGUGAAAGAUGCCCUGGUAAUAAGUGUUUCUACAGGAACCAAAUGCAUCAAUGGUGAAUACAUGAGUGAUCGUGGUCUGGCGUUAAAUGAUUGCCAUGCAGAAAUUAUAGCUCGCCGGUGCCUGCUGAAGUUUCUAUAUACACAACUUGAGCUUUACCUAAGCAAUAAAGAUGAUCAGCAAAAAUCCAUUUUUAUCCGAUCGGAGCAAGGAGGGUUUAAGUUGAAGGAGAAUGUGCAGUUCCAUCUCUAUAUCAGCACAUCUCCUUGUGGUGAUGCUCGGAUUUUCUCACCCCACGAAGCAGCACAAGAGGAUCAAGGGGAUAGGCAUCCAAACCGCAAAGCCAGAGGACAGCUACGGACAAAAAUAGAGUCUGGGGAAGGGACCAUCCCUGUGCGCUCCACUACCACUAUCCAGACGUGGGAUGGAGUAUUGCAAGGAGAAAGGCUGCUGACCAUGUCCUGCAGUGACAAGAUAGCAAGGUGGAACGUAUUGGGUAUUCAAGGAGCCUUACUUAGCCUCUUUGUGGAGCCAAUUUACUUCUCUAGCAUCAUCUUGGGGAGUUUAUAUCAUGGGGAUCAUCUAUCCAGAGCCGUAUACCAGAGGAUAGCAGAGAUAGAAGAUCUACCACCUCUUUAUACACUCAACAGACCUUUACUUAGUGGCAAGUAUCUAAUGGAGAAGGCCGUGCCGGUAACUAAGUCGGUUCCAGUAGUGAUGUGAUUUUGCAGUUCUCCAAACCUUGCAAACUGUGUGCUGUGAGUAAACUGCUUGCUGGUUGCAACAGAGAAGUUAUGCUCUAAACACAAUAUAGGUACUCAGUCAGAAAUACCAUAGCAAGGACCUU